GUUGCAAGUGCGGUCACACCAUAGUUACGCUUGCGCAUUGUAGACAUAUUUCAAUUGUUGUUUAAACAAAUUAAUGGCCACAAAGACGCUUUAACUAACCAGUGCAGACUUUUUAACAGUGUUAUAAUGACCUUGAACCCAAGUACAAUCUGGUAAAGGGAUAUCUAACGGCCUUGAGAAGUGUAACAAAAUACGCCUGCCACUCUAGGCGCGCGUGAUUGUGUGUGUGCCUGCCAUUGAUUACAUAGUUGGCAUAGGCCAUCAGCAGGUGCGAGCGAGAGGGCCGACGUGCAGCAUCCAAAUCCGAAAAAGGGGCAGCAACAGAAACGGCAUUCCAUUCCCCGAAAGCAGCCUCAGCAGCAGACUGGAUCCAUGAGAAAGUUUUCUUUUUCACCGUCCCAGUGAGCGCCAUGCAUCAUCAUCAUCCGCCGUUGCCCAUAACUGGCGGCGUUUCUCCGUCCGCUGUCGCCGCAGGAGGUGGAGCAACGGGAUUGUCGAUAGACUCUUCGCCAGCAGCUGCCACCGGACCAACGGCCCCCGCAGCUACAGCGUCCAAUUCAAACACCCAGCAGCAGCAGCGCCGGCGCAAGAAGCGGCCCAAUUACAACUACAAUGGCAUCCGCACUGUCGAGGUUCGCAGGGGCUACAACGGCUUCGGGUUUACCAUCUCCGGACAGCAGCCUUGCCGGCUGUCCUGCAUAAUCAGCAGCUCGCCCGCGGAGCAGGCCGGCCUGCGUUCCGGUGACUUUCUCAUUUCCGUGAACGGCCUCAACGUCUCCAAGCUGCCGCACGAAACCGUGGUGCAGCUGAUAGGCAACUCCUUCGGCAGCAUCCGGAUGCAGAUCGCCGAGAACUAUUACUCGGAUAGCUCGGAUGAGGAGAACGCCAACGCCACGCUAAGGGGUCAACUGCUGGCCGCCAGCCUGAGGCACAAACCGCGCUUCCUUCAUCACAAGGCCAAGCUGCAUAGGCUGCGUAACUCGCCGCAGAAGAAGCUGCCUCUGCCGGAGGCAGUGGAGCCAAGUCCAAAGCCAUCUCCGGAUCAUCUGACCCUUAGACCGGUGCUGGAGGAUGCCCCGCUGGUGGCCAGUCUGUCCAAGGCGGCCGACGUGGCUAAUGUCAGCGCCAUGGUACGGGCGGUGGGCAGCGCUGCUUUGGAGUACCGCGUUAUUGUGGGAUAUUUGGGUACCAUCGAGAUGCCCAAACAGAUUUCACAUAGCUCCAAGCUACAGACAGUGCGUUCCUGUAUCCGCAAGCUGCGCCAGGAGAAGCGACAACCCACCAUAGUCCUCAUGUGCAUCACCCCGGACAGCCUGAGCCUGCAAAGUGCCGGUGGCGGGGUCCUGGCCACGUACUCCUCGGCGAGACUGAACUACGUUAGCUCCUCGUCGGAGAGCGAGAAUCGGUUCUUUGGCUUGGUGACCAGCGCCGUGCACAACACCCAGAUCGAGGAGGAGUACGAGCCUAGUGUAGGCAGUGGAGCAUGUGCAUCUGGCCACAUCAGCAUCUCGCACAGCUGCCACGUGUUUGUCAUCGAUACAAAGCUGAUUGAGCAUGCCCAGCACCUGCAGCGGGCACACGAGUUCCGGCUCCAGUGCACCCGGGACCCCAUCUCCAAUUUAUGCCUUGAGUUUCCUAACAACUCGGAGUACGUGGUAAACCUGGUCCGCAGCAUGUAUACCAUGCGCAUUUUGCCGCCGGCCAGUCGCAGCCAUCAGGCGGACUUCGAGGCUGGAGCUGGAGUCGCCGGAGCCGCUGCUCACUCGCCGCAGCCCUCGAACCAUAGCGAGAUAUCCACCACCACCUCAAACUCCGAUUCGGGCAUUGGCUUCAACAACGAUUGCACCAAUAUUUCGGAUCGCAUUCUGGUUGUGGAUUUUCUGGGAGCCGAAGCGGGAGCAGCACAUGCCGGCCUGCCAACCCACCCAGCGCCAGCGCGGCCGUUGGGCAUUGUGGGGAUCCCGGACAACCGACUGACUGUGCGGGCCAUGCCCGAUCCAUCGGGCCAUCCAAAGUCGCCGCCAGGAAGCUCUUCGCUGCGUCGGCCCAAUCUCCUGGCCAGCUUCAAUCUCAUUAAAAGUCCGGCCACGAACCUCACGUCCACCCGCUCUUGUGACGAUGUGUUGAACCUAUUCGUGGACGAUUCGCCGCGAGCACUGGGCGCAGUGGCCUCCAUGGACGACAUCUCACUGCACUCGGCCGCACCGUCUCUGGAUGAGGCGCACACCUUCGCGCAUCCAGCUUGUGUGCCCCGAAAGAUACGCAGAUCCUUGAUCUUGGAGGCUUCAUCAACUCCGCACAAGCUGAGUGCCCAGGUCUUUGGCCAACCUGGUUCGCGUCAUUCCCUGGGAUUCGAGGCCAUCGACAAUGUCCAGUCGUCGUCGGCCAGUGUUACCUGCAUCGAUCAGGCCAUGGAUACAUGGGCCAGUCUGCAGAACUUGCACAAAUCUCACAGGGAACGAGCCAGUCUAUCGGCGUCAUCGUCUACGCAUUGCCUUUUGGAAGCUACGAAUAGUGAACCGGAUCUUGGGAACCGCGCUCUGCCCGCCAAUGCCUCGCCCUUCCGCCGAGCCUGGGGACAGUCUUCCUUCCGCACGCCACGCUCCGACAAGGUGGCCAAGCAACAGCAACAGCCGCAGCAGGGCCAGUCGUCGCCCCUGGUGAGACGUACUGCAUCAAUGAACGCCUCCGACAAUGAUGUGUAUAUCAAGACGCUGAUGCUGGACUCGGAUCUGAAGUCAACACGCAGCCAGCAACAGCUGAGCCUGCUGCAGGUGCCCAAGAUCCUGACCACCCCCGCCCCGCCCUCAGCCAUCACGGUGUCCGUGGCUAACGCGGAUUCGGCACAAGAGCAUGGCGGUCCCACUAGCUGGGGCGGCUCCUUCGAGCGGAUGCUGCAGGACGCCGCUGGCAUGCAGACCUUCUCCGAGUUUCUCAAGAAGGAGUUCUCCGCGGAGAAUAUCUACUUCUGGACAGCCUGCGAGCGCUAUCGCAUGCUCGAAUCGGAGGCGGAGCGAGCGUUGCUGGCUCGCGAGAUCUUUGCUAAGCAUCUGGCCAACAGCAGCAGCGAUCCCGUCAACGUGGACUCGCAGGCACGCAGCCUCACCGAGGAGAAGCUCGCAGGCGCCGCUCCGGACAUCUUUGCUCCGGCCCAGAAGCAAAUCUUUAACCUGAUGAAGUUCGACAGCUACCAACGCUUUAUACGCUCCGAUCUUUACAAGAGCUGCGUGGAGGCGGAGCAGAAGGGUCUGGCGCUGCCCUACAGUGGAUCCGAUCUGGAUGAGCUUCUCAAGACGAAUUUUCACAUGGCCGCCUCCUCUAAGCUUAAAAAAUCGGCCAGCAAUGCGGAGGAUCGGCGGCGCAAGAGCCUACUUCCCUGGCACCGGAAGACGCGGAGUAAGUCCCGCGAUCGCACUGAGAUAAUGGCCGACCUGCAGAGCACAUUGAUGCCGGCGCCACCGCUACCACCGCCCGCCCUGCUCACCAGUGCAUCCCUUAAGCUCGUCUCCGGACAGAACUCUCUCAGCGACCUGCACAGUUCCCGCUCGUCGCUGUCCUCGUUCGACGCAGGCAACACAGCCGGCGGCCAGGGGGCCAGCGCGGAGAGCGUGUGCUCUCUGUGUCGUGUGAUCCUCACCGAUGGUGCCACCACUAUUGUGCAAACACGGGCCGGGGAAACGGUGGGUCAGCUGGUGGAUCGGCUGCUGGAGAAGAGGAACCUGGUGUACCCUUACUAUGACAUCGUGUUCCAGGGCAGCACCAAGUCCAUUGACGUGCAGCAGCCAUCGCAACUGCUGGCGGGCAAGGAGGUGGUCAUCGAGCGACGCGUGGCCUUUAAGUUGGACCUGCCCGAUCCCAAGGUGAUCUCGGUAAAGAGCAAGCCCAAGAAGCAGCUGCACGAGGUGAUCCGGCCCAUUCUCAACAAGUACAACUACAAGAUGGAGCAGGUCCAGGUGAUUCUGAGAGACACCCAAGCGCCUCUGGAUCUGAAUCAGCCGGUGACCAUGGCCGAUGGCCAGCGACUGCGCAUUGUGCUGCUCCACUCGGAUUUUCAGGUAGGCGGCGGCAGUAGCGUGCCGCCGAAGCAAAGCAAACCGAUGAAGCCGCUACCGCAGGGCCAGCUGGAUGAGCUGACGAACAAGGUGUUCAACGAGCUGUUGGCCAGCAAGGCGGAUGCAGCGGCUUUAGCUGGCAGUGAAAAGCAGCGCCCCAGCGACCUGUGCUCCAUGAAAUCCAACGAAGCACCCUCGGAGACAUCCUCCUCCUUGUUCGAACGCAUGCGGCGUCAGCAGCGCGACGGCAGCAACAUUCCUGGCAGCAAGCUGCCCAAGCUUAAGAAGAAAUCGACAAGCAGUCAGCAGUCCGAGGAGGCGGCGACGCCAGCGACGGCGGCCGCGGAUCCGAAGAAGCCCAUUAUAGCCAAGCUGAAGGCGGGCGUGAAGCUGCAGGUGACGGAGCGAGUAGCCGAGCACCAAGAUGAACUACUCGAGGGCCUGAAGCGAGCCCAGCUGGCACGGUUGGAGGAUCAGCGCGGCACCGAGAUCAACUUCGAUCUGCCCGAUUUCCUGAAGAACAAGGAGAAUCUCAGCGCAGCCGUGUCCAAGCUGCGUAAGGUGCGCGCCAGCCUUAGCCCCGUUGGCAAAGUUCCGCCCUCUCCCACGGAGCUUCCACAGCCGGCGCCCCGGCUAUCCAUCACACGCAGCCAACAACAACCGGUGUCGCCCAUGAAGGUGGACCAGGAGCAAGAGACUGAGUCGCCUACCGAGGCGCAGGACCAAACGGAAUUCGCCAAAGCACCGCCACCGCUGCCGCCCAAGCCAAAGGUGCUCCCCAUCAAGCCCUCCAACUGGGGCGUGGCCGUUGCCCACCCAACGAGCAACUAUUGCAAUAAGUUCUCACCCAGCAAGCAGGUGUCACCCGCAUCAUCCAAAGAAGCCACUACGUCGGCAGCGACUUUUGUGAGCAAAAUUCCACUGGAACUGGGCCGCAAGGCCCUCGAAGAGGCGGCGGCGGGGUCACGGUGUGCCUACCUGGAUGAGCCCAGCAGUAGCUUCGUGUGAUACGGCUGUCCCGGAUGCAAUUAAAAUGGCUUUACUGAUCUUUCUUGUAUAUAUAUCUGUGCACUAUUUAUUGACUUUAUCUGCUGUCUACUGUAUUCCCUACCGAAUGUCCACAAGCACAAUCCAUGACGAGCUCUCGUAUGUAAUAUACUGAGUGACCGCCUGCCUGUAUUUAUAGCUAUCAACCAUAAGCACUAGCUUUACUACUUUUUGUAUAAAUAUAUAAACAAAACAUAUAUUAA